AUGAGUGGUUGCUAUGGAGACGUCGCCCGCUCCUCACAGGUGCAAACGAUACUUGAACAGCAGCAAGAGGCUAUACAGCUUAUGACUUCCUCAAUACAGAGAGACAUCAACAGUUCUGUUAAUUACGUAAAGGUUAUGAAGCGCCUCCCCCUUCUUUGCAGCCAAAAUGGGCUGAUAGAGCUGGAACGCUUGUAACCUGAGAUCAGGCGCUAUUUUCGUUUCGCUUUGAAAUUUACAUUCCGGCGGGCAAGGCGAAACGAAAAGAGAGCCUGAUACAAACCUUCUACGAAAGGUGUGCCGCCCACUUUUUUGAUUGAUUGACAUUUGCGAAUCAGCGAACCAAAAAUAACUUCCGUUGCUUGUUUUUCUAGUAUGCAAAUUUUUCACCCGUGGGAAAAAUGCAGACCGGCUGACUUAAAAAGUAGCUUUUAUCUGUGAAAGGUUUGAACCCAGGAGUCAUUUCAAAAGGUUGAGUUUGAUCGUCCGGGUGAACGUAGUCCUGAAUAGGACUGUUGUUGUUGACAGUGACUGACGUUUCGACAACCUGUGCGGUAGUCAUCUUCAGAGUGACUGGGACUCUGCGACAUGAAUAACGUAUUCUACAGACUACUAUCAACGUCUUACUUUGAAAGCUGGUUUACUAACUUAGAACAAACGCCACUGAAUCGUAGUCAACAGUUACCAGCGCCGUACAAACGACUUAUUGACGAGAUCAAGCAAAACUAACUGCGAGAGAACAACUGGAGAACUAACAAUUUGACUAACAAUAGACGACUGUUUAACUGCGACAAUAGACGGAUCGAAACGCACCAAUCGCUGAUUACGAGUCUUCAUAGCCAAUAACAUCACGGCUUAACUGAUAGACGACCAAUAACAUCACGACAUAAUUGACCAAUCAGAUCAAUAACCAGAGGAUAAUACCAUCAACUGACGUGAUACAACUCACUUUGACUCUGAAGAUGACUACCGCACAGGUUGUCGAAACGUCAGUCACUGUCAACAACAACAGUCCUAUUCAGGACUACGUUCACCCGGACGAUCAAACUCAACCUAGCUUUUAUCUGUUAAUUUUUUCAGCUAAAAAUAAAACAGUCAGCACAAUCACAUUUAACUUCUUGCGAGAUUAAGGGAGAUCUCGAACGUUAUUUCUGUUGGCGUAGAAAGGAAAAAGUUUUCGAAAAGACGGCAACACGAUGUUCUACUCGUUUUAUUAUUUUGGCUAGGCGCGCUCGAAUUUAAAAUACUGAAAUUUCUAGUUUUCUGUUACCUGUAUAUUUUCCUCGGUAAUUUUCCUCGAUUUUCAGUACAUGAAUCUUUAAAAACAAAAGUAAACAGCCAACGAGCGAGGACACCAGUUUUCCUGGUUUAUAUUUUACAAAAAGCGAAGGCAAACAACCAGUCUGUUAUCUUAACCUACCAGCUUUUAUAAUAUUAAAUGCCUACAAAAAUUCCUUGAAGAGCGAUGCGAUAUUUUUCGUCUAAUAUUUCACAGUCGGCGAUUGAGGUUUCUUGCGCAGUGAGCCUCAGCUUGCGUACCCAGUUCAGAGACGUCAUUCCCGGCUAAACUUUCAGAUGAAACCAGUUUUAAGAUGGACAGUAGUUUUAUUUGCACUCGUUUGUUGGUAAAUCAAAAGGCAACUUGUUAGCGGUCAACAACUUGCAGAGGGAUUCAACUCCGCGAUACACUCACAUUAGUUCCGUAAAUAAAGCAAAUCCUGAGAAGAUAUGAACAACCAUAUGAAUUUUCUGAAUUUCCGUGGCACAUGUUAAGGCAUAUUUUCCUACCAUAAGACCAUACAACAAUAAAAAAGACAGCAAAGUCGAUCCGUCUCUCCGCCGACGACGGAUCAUUCACGAAAACAACCACGCGAGGAAUAAGCGCUUUCAACUUCCGUCUUUUCCGGCAGCCAAUCAGAUCUUGUGGCAUUGUUCUAACAGCCAAUCAGCUUUACGGCCAAAAUCUGGCCGUAACGAGCACAAAUGUGAGAGAGUUUGUAUCAGGCCCAAUUUUAGCGGUAGUCGUUAGAGAGAAAGUAUGAGAACCACUAAGAUUGGGCCUGAUCUCAGGUUAGAACGCUUGCGCUAAGUGGUACGGUGCCCACCUUUUCACAUUUGGUUAACUUUGUCGAAGAGCUAUAUUGGCGAACACGAUGUAUGGGGAGUUAGUUGGGUCAACACCGGAUAUUGAUCAAGAUGCAAAGUCAGUGUCGAAAAGGAAGAAACCGUCCAGCCUGCUCGCCAUGGGAGGUACCAUUUCCACGCAGUGAAGACUGGAGCACAAUGGGCAUUUAGAGGCAAAGAAAUGUACCUUGGGCUGAGCUUCUUCUCCGACGUCCACGCUCUGAGGCCAUAUCGGUGGGGUUUGAACUGCUGCCCACAUGUAUCUACUGUCGAGGAGAAGAUGGGGUGGAUACUCGUCCAAGAGAAUUUUUGUUGGCUACUGUUUAUGGCACGUUUACGACACUUAGGAACCUUAGGAAACAAGAACGCUCUAAAAGCGUGAAGUCUCGCUUGCUUCGAGAUAGAUAAGAAGUGAGGAGGCGAUUUAGUGUACACGAAGCAAGAUUUCCUUGCUAAAGUUUUUCACUUCCUUCCUUAUCGACGGUCGAGUUUUCUUCAAGAGAGGUCAAGGGAUCGGAGAGAGAGAGAACGGAAAUGUGGCUUUUUCCUCUGGAAAAAGAAGGAAGACUGGCCUGGGCAUCCCAUUCAGUUGCCGGAAUUGUCUGGCGAACACAAAGAGCUUAAGCCGAAUGUUGGUCAAGCAAAUGUGAUCGUCUGUGAUGAGAGUUUUGCGGCGAGGUUCUCCCGUUAUUCCUCAUGGGAUAGCCUUAGAAAGGCAAUUGCCUGGUUGCUACGUUUGAAGAACUACUUGUCCAGUUAUGUUACGAGGUUUCCAGGCAUUGUUAUUGGAGGGCCUUUGUCUGUCGCUGGAAUUGGUGUCACGGAAAGUUGCCUUGUCAGAAUUGUUCAAAGGGAAGCGACUCAAGAACGCUCAGAUGUCAUUUGA